AAAUAUGUUAUGACAGAUCAUUGAAAAUUAACAUUGAUUCCAAAGGUUAUUUUAUUAGAAUUUUAUUAGACUAUUGGACCACGAUGGCUGAAUGCAAGAAAGAACACGGGGAAUGUGGGAAAGGCUGCUUCGUUGAUUCAGUGAUUCAUUUGGAUGUCAAGGACUACUAUGGGAAGAUCCUGAAUAAGACGUCUGACCUGAAGAGUAAUGCCUGCUUAGCCCCGUCUCAGCCCAUCCCAGCUGUCAUCCUCAAGGCUCUGAAGAAUAUCCAUCCUGAAGUCACAGCCAAGUACUAUGGGUGUGGGCUGGUGGUCCCAGAGUGUCUGGAGGGCUGCAGGCUGCUGGACCUGGGCAGUGGCAGUGGGAGAGACUGCUAUAUGCUCAGCCAACUGGUAGGGGAGAAGGGCCACGUCACGGGCAUCGACAUGACGGAGGACCAGCUUGAGGUGGCCAGAAAGUACGUGGACCACCACAUGCAGGAGUUUGGAUACGAGAAGCCCAACGUGGACUUUGUUCAGGGCUACAUCGAGGCUCUAAAGGAGGCUGGACUCGAGGAGAACUCCUUUGAUAUCAUCAUAUCCAACUGUGUGGUGAAUUUGUCCCCGGACAAGAGAAAAGUAUUGAGUGAUGCUUACCGCGUGCUAAAGGAUGGAGGAGAGCUGUACUUCAGUGAUGUCUACAGCAGCAGCAAGCUCUCUGAUGAGAUCAAGAAUCACAAAGUCCUGUGGGGUGAGUGUUUAGGCGGAGCGCUUUGGUGGGAGGACCUAGUGCGAUUGGCUCAGGAGGUGGGAUUCAGCCCCCCGCGAUUGGUCACGGCCAAUGUCAUCACCGUGGACAACAAGGAACUGGAGGCCAUCCUAGGUGACUACAAGUUUGUUUCUGCCACCUACCGUCUCUUCAAGAUCCCCAAAAUCUCUUACAAAGGCUCUCUGGUCAUAUACAAUGGCAACAUCACUGGUUUUGAGGAGAGACUGAAGUUUGACUCUCAGUACACGUUCAAGGUGGAUGAGGUAGUGGAGGUGGAUGGAGAGAUGGCCAGCAUCCUCAGCCAAUCCAGGUUUGCUGAGGAGUUCACUUUCCAACCGCCCGGGGUACCUUCUGGAUGUAGUGUAAAGAAACCCAAGGUGGGUACAGUGAAUCCCUUUGAACUGGUGCUGCAGCUGGGGAGUGCAACGGUCUCUUCUGCCACAGGGGGGUGCUGUGGUGCAGAGUCAUCCUGUUGCAAGUGAGGGGGUACCCAAGAUAUGAGAGAGACAGAGAUAAUGAUUAUACUGUGUAUGAAUGAACAAUAAUUGUAAUUCAUGUCAAACUAUGGAUUUUUGUCAUGCCUUAAAUUAGGCUCAUGUUUUAAUUGUAUAACUGUGUGAAUAUUGUUAUAAUCCAAAUACAUUUCCGGCAGUGAAGUGGUCAGUGUCUCUCUUUAAUGAAGUAGGCCUUAGAUUUCAAGAUGGGUGUGUGGGAGAGCAAUGCAAAAAAUAUAUCCACUGCAGUGGAGGCUGGUAGGAGGAGCUAUUGGAGGAUGGGCUCAUUCUAAUGGCAGUAAUGGAAUCAAUGGAACGGUAUCAAACAUUGCAUAUAUGGACAAACCACGUUUGACUCCGUUCCAUGAAUUCCAUUCCAGCCAUUACAAUGAACCCAUUCUCCUAUAUUUCCUCCCACCAGCCUCCACUGAUCCACAAGGGAAAGAACACUCAGGAUAUCAAAGUUAUAUGCUUAGUAUUUUAUUUAUAAAUACCCAACGUUUCGACUAGGUAUUUUUCAAGGGUGAGGAAAAUCCUGCAUUCUGUAUUCAUACAAGUUCAAGUGAACAACAGGUGGCAACAAUUAGUCAUUUCAAUUAGACAAUUGGUUAGCAAUCAAGUCACAGUUGACAAUAUAUUUCUAUAUACAAUAUUUACAAAGGUAUACAUAUUAGACAAUACAUUUAGACAGAAUCAUAGGUCAACAUGAUAUACACUGAGUGUACAAAACAUUAAGAACAGCUUCCUAAUAUUGAGUUGCACCCCCUCUCAGAACA